AUGGGCGACGUCGACUACGGCAAGAUCUAUGAUAUCUAUUUUCCGCCGCAGUACCUGCGCCUGUUCGACGGGCCGUCGUGCUGCGUGAUCGACAUGUGGCGCAUCCUGGGCCGCGGCACGGUCGGCGGUGGCCUGGUGGUCGGCACCAUUAUCAAGCCCAAGCUCGGCUUGCAGCCGAAGCCCUUCGGCCAGGCGUGCUAUGGCUUCUGGCAGGGCGGCGACUUCAUCAAGAACGAUGAGCCGCAGGGCAACCAGACGUUCUGCCAGAUGAACGAAUGCAUCCCCGAAGUCGUGAAGGCCAUGCGCGCGGCACAGGAGGAAACGGGCCAGGGCAAGUUGUUCUCCGCCAACAUUACGGCGGAUGACCCGAACGAGAUGAUCGCACGUGCCAAGUACAUCUUGAACCAGAUGGGCCCGAUGGCAGAGAAUUGCGCCUUCUUGGUCGACGGCUACGUGGCUGGCGGCACUGCGGUGACCGUUGCGCGCCGCAACUUCCCGAAGCAAUUCCUGCACUACCACCGCGCCGGCCACGGCGCAGUGACCAGCCCGCAGACGCAGCGCGGGUACACCGCCUUCGUGCACACCAAGUUGUCGCGCGUCAUCGGUGCCAGCGGCAUCCACACGGGCACGAUGAGCUUUGGCAAGAUGGAGGGCGACGCUUCGGACAAGAACAUCGGCUUCAUGCUGCAAGACGACGUCGCCGACGGCCCCUACUACCGCCAGGAGUGGGAGGGCAUGAAGCAGACCACCCCGAUCAUCUCGGGUGGCAUGAACGCCUUGCGGCUGCCUGCGUUCUUCGAGAACCUGGGCCACUCGAACGUUAUCCUGACGGCCGGCGGCGGGGCUUUCGGGCACAAGGACGGGCCGAAGCAGGGCGCGAUCUCGUGCGCCCAGGGCGAGGAGUCGUGGAAGUUGUGGAAGGCAGGCACCUAUGGCGACGUGAGCCUGUCGGACGGCGUCGUCGAGUACGCGAAGACGCACGAGGAGCUCAAGGGCGCGUUCUUGACGUUCCAGAAGGAUGCGGACCAGAUCUACCCGGGCUGGAAGGAGAAGCUCGGCUACACGGGCGAGUCCUCCGUCCAGGCGGCCAGCUUCAAUUGGCAGAAGAAGGAGUUGAGCUGA